AUAGGACCGCGCGUGCAAAGUUCUGUCUGUGGACAAAGUAGUUUACUCCCCUCCCCACCCCAAGUGUGUCCGAGAUUCUGAGUCAUACCCAGACACACACGUUACCACCUGCCUCGGGUAACCGGGAGGAAGCUGACCAAGCUGCUUCCGGUCCAGGAGACUUAUAAAACACUGCGAAAGCUACAGGUGAAUGUAAAUAUUCCACCACGAUCUUCCCGCACAGGUGCCCCGGGAUGCUGCUUUUAGAGGCAGUGGGCGAAGCGAGGACCGCGGAGGGACGUCCGGAGACCGGGAAGAUCCAGCGCCAACACUGGCCCUGCGCCCGGGCUCUCUCCGUGGCCUCCUAGGCAGAGACACCAGUACCCACUCUGCAGCUCUGGUGAUUUAAGAGGCCGGAGUCCAGGAGCAGGGACACUUGGAUUCAAGGGCUCAGCAUACCACCUGCCCAGUCAGGCUCGGUCACUCCCUUAUGCACCUCAUUCCAUGCUGCAGGAGGAACCAGCAGGCCCAAGUUCACAUAUCCGAGUGAUGCACCAUGCCAAUAGUGGAUAAGCUGAAGGAGGCCUUGAAGCCUGGCCGCAAGGACUCAGCCGAUGAUGGGGAACUGGGGAAGCUUCUGGCCUCCUCUGCCAAGAAGGUUCUUCUGCAGAAGAUUGAGUUUGAGCCAGCCAGCAAGAGUUUCUCCUACCAACUGGAGUCCUUAAAGAGCAAAUAUGUGUUGUUGAACCCUAAAGCAGAGGGUGCCAGUCGCCCCAAGAGUGGAGAUGAACUGCAAGUCAGAACACAGGGCAGCGAGUAUAUAUAUGAUGGUGGUGAUGGAGUCCCAGCCCCACAGAAGGUGCUUUUUCCCAUGGAGCGACUGUCUUUGAGGUGGGAGCGUGUCUUCCGUGUUGGCGCAGGACUCCACAACCUUGGCAACACCUGCUUCCUAAACUCCACCAUCCAGUGCUUGACGUACACACCACCCCUGGCCAACUACCUGCUCUCCAGAGAGCAUGCUCGCAGCUGUCACCAGGGGAGCUUCUGCAUGCUGUGUGUCAUGCAGAACCACAUUGUCCAGGCUUUUGCCAACAGUGGCAAUGCUAUCAAGCCUGUCUCCUUCAUCCGGGACCUGAAAAAGAUUGCCCGGCAUUUCCGCUUUGGGAACCAAGAGGAUGCACACGAGUUUCUUCGGUACACCAUCGACGCGAUGCAGAAGGCCUGCUUGAAUGGUUAUGCUAAGUUGGAUCGUCAGACACAGGCUACUACCUUGGUCCAUCAAAUUUUUGGAGGGUAUCUCAGAUCCCGUGUUAAGUGCUCUGUGUGCAAGAGUGUCUCGGACACCUACGACCCCUACUUGGACAUCGCACUGGAGAUCCGGCAAGCUGCAAAUAUUGUGCGUGCUCUGGAACUUUUUGUGAAACCAGAUGUCCUGAGUGGAGAGAAUGCCUAUAUGUGUGCUAAAUGCAAGAAGAAGGUUCCAGCUAGCAAGCGUUUCACCAUUCAUAGGACAUCCAAUGUCUUAACCCUUUCCUUGAAGCGUUUUGCCAACUUCAGUGGGGGGAAGAUCACCAAGGAUGUGGGCUACCCAGAGUUCCUGAACAUACGCCCGUAUAUGUCCCAGAAUAGUGGUGAGCCGGUCAUGUAUGGGCUCUAUGCUGUCCUGGUCCACUCAGGCUACAGCUGCCAUGCCGGGCACUACUACUGCUACGUGAAGGCGAGCAACGGGCAGUGGUACCAGAUGGACGACUCCCUGGUCCACCCCAGCAGUGGCAAGGCGGUGCUGAGCCAGCAGGCCUAUGUGCUGUUCUACCUGCGAAUUCCAAGGUCUAAGAAAAGUCCUGAGGGCCCUGUCUCUAAAACAGUCCACUCCCUUCCUAGCCGUCCGGGUGUAGCUCCCGAUCACACCAAGAAGAAUGCUGGCAACGGGAUUGUUUCCUCCCCACUGACUGGAAAGCAACAAGACUCUGUGAUGAUGAAGAAGCCACACACCACUGAAGAGACUGGCAUGCCCAUUUCUAGGAAUGGCUCUGGGCCCGUCCUGAAGUCACAGAACGGAUGUGUUCUCCCAAAGCUGCCUAUGGGGGCCCCUUCCCCCAAACUGUCCCAAACACCCACACAUAUGCCGACCAUCCUGGAUGAGCCUGGAAAGAAGGUGAAGAAGUCGGUACCCCUGCACUUUACCCCAUCCUUCAAAACUUCUCAGGGGCCAUCUAGUGCCAGCAUCUUGAGCAGCAGCAAAUCUGGGAGCCGAAAGCCCGGCUCCUGGGACAGGGAUGCCCACUCUACCUCACCUAAGUUCCUGGCCAAAGCCACUGCCAAUGGGCAUGGGCCGAAGGGGAGCGAUGAGAGCUCUGACCCUGAGAGGGGGAAUUCUAGCAGCUCCAGCCCGGAACAUAAUGCCAGCAGCGACUCUGCCAAGGGCUCCCAGACCCCGAAGAGUGGAGCUGCCCAUUUCUGUGAUUCUCAGGAAACAAACUAUUCUGCCAAUGGUCACUCCAAAGCCCUGCCAAAUGGAGCAGAUGCAAAGAUGGUGAAGCCGAAGUCCCCUGUCCUGGGCAGCGCUGCACCCGAGCCUGCAAGCAUCAUGUCUCCUCCACCAGCCAAGAAACUGGCUCUUUCUGCCAAGAAGGCCAGCACCCUGCGGAGGGCGACCAACAGUGACCUCUGUCCACCUCCCCCCUCACCAUCCUCCGACCUCACCCACCCCAUGAAAACCUCUCACCCCAUCGUUGCCUCCACGUGGCCUGUCCAUAAAAUCAGGGCUGUGUCACCUGCUCCCCGAUUACCCAAACAUCCGCAGCCUCCCUUCAGCCCCAACUCCACGUUGCUGUCCAGUCGCCCCCAGCCCCGAGGGAUGUCGGAGCCACGGAGCUGCCCCUCCGCCUUGAUAGCCCUGCCUCAGGUCAAUAGGGACUUGGUUUCUCUGUCAUACCAGCUGCCAGAGGCUGAUGAGUCCCCCCAGAUCCCCUCUGAGAAGAGGAAAAGGAACCAUACGGGAGAGCUCCAGGGGCCAGGCUCAGAGAUGUGCCUCCCACAGCACCUCGAGGGGGCUGCUGCUGCUCCCGCUUCCCACAGGAAAAGGAAAAGGAAGAAGAGGAAGCGCCCAGAGGACGUGGCCACAGCCAUCUCACAGGAUGAGCAGAUAAGGGGAUGUCCUUCAAGACUGGAGUACAGGGAGAAGGGCCAGGCAGAGUUGCCUGCUGACAGACAAGAGCGCAAGGGAACACAGCCACAGGUGAAUGGUCAGCAGAUGGGGCACGUCAUGGGCAGCCACCACGUGAACAACAGGAAGAGGAGGAGGAAGGGAGUAGAGGGACUUGGUGAAGAAGAUGUCCACCAGGACCCACCUUGGCACAGCAGCUGCUCUUUCAUGGACAAUGGCGAGCCUAAGACCAUGGCGGAAUCUUCAAGGAAAAAGAAAAAGAAAAAAAGAAAGCAAGAGUCACAACAAGAAGCAGAAAAUGAGCCUUUAGAAGGCCGGAGGAGCGCUAGGCCCAGUGAUGCUACAGUCUCAGAGCCAAAUAGUCACUUGCUGUCUGUGAACUGCCAGCAUCCCAGGGACCACGUGGGGCUGGAACAGGCUUCUCUUGUAUCCUGGAAUAGAGAGCAGGACUCCAAUGUGGUCCAGGAAUUGCUCAAAUAUUCAUCUGAUAAAGCUUACGGGAGAAAAGUUUUGACCUGGGAUGGCGAGAUAUCGGCGGUGAGUCGGGAUGCCAUGGAAGAUAGCAGACUGGCCCAGACCGAGACUGUGGUUGAUGCCUGGGAUGAAGAGUUUGACCGGGGGAAGGAAAAGAAAAUUAAAAAAUUCAAGAGGGAGAAGAAGAGAAACUUCAAUGCCUUCCAGAAACUUCAGAGUAGACGGAACUUUUGGGCUGUGACUCAUCCAGCCAAGGCUAUCAGCCUCAGCUAUCGCCGCUGAAUAUGCUGCUGUGGAAAUAGCAUCCUGGAGACAAGGCAUCACUUCCUGGAUCUGAGGGAGCUGUCUGUGGGGACUCCACUGUCCGAUCAUGUCCAGGCCGCUGCACUGUGAACCUGCCUCGAUGGGGGGCUCUCCUGGUACCACUGUCUGCAGACAACCUGAUGCGGCUUUGGAGCUUCUGUAGGUUGACAUCUUUGGUGACAUUCGUGGCAAACCCUGCAAGAGGAAUCACAGCACGUGUGUUGAGCAAAGACAACAGCACACCUACUGGACAUCUGGAACAGGCCAAGCCUCCUUGUGUUCAUGGACAGCGGAGUCUGUGCUAGCAGUAGAAGUGUUUGCCCCUGGUCUGGGGCUGUCAGAGAGGGCAAGGGCUAGUGUUCAAACACCUGCCAGGUGUCCUCCGGCUCUCAGGGUGACAGAAGUGUGGUGGGCUGCUCUUCUUGCUGAGCCAUCCCUUGCUUCUGGUGGCUGGUGCUGCCAUCUGUCGGAGCCUGGCCCUUCCCGUUUCCUCAGUGGGACCUCUAUGCCUGUGCGCCUUAUCUGUCCUUAGAAAGAAAGAGCCUUGAGGCCAUCCCUGCAUGGCCGCCUCUUUCUUUCGUGGAACUGGGGGUUGGGGGUGGCCCUACAUCCUUCCUUGCGAGCAACUCCAGACUGGAGAGCAGGGUCUGCUGGGGGUGGGGCCCUUGACAUCGUUUGCUAAUCCAGCUGCUUCUGAGGCUGCUCUUUAUUCUGAGGCGACUUUGCUGUAGUGUCCCUGCCGGUGCACUAACCCCCAGGUUUUACCAAGAUAUGUUCUUGGGAUAGAAUUCUCUGUUUAUUUUACUACUUAAUAAUAUAUAUAUAAAAAACAUUUAUUUUUGACCAGACCUGCAGCUUCUAUUAGCAAUAUGUUUCCUUUGCCUAAUAUGCAAAUCCUGGCUUUGUUUGCUCAAUUUUGUGAGUGCUUUUGAAUUUAGAUGAUUGUAUAAGUGAAGAUGACUUUUCUUAAUAUUGUUCAAGCUGUGCCUGCAAACUUUAAUAAAUAUGGGAGGUUCUCAGUGAAGGUAAUAUUUUUAAGAAAAAAAACGAAUGGCCUAGUAGUAGUAGAAGGUACAGAAGCCAGUCUGAACUUGAUCCUCUGGUGAUCAUCCUCGUUUUUACCCCCUUGACCUGCCACUGGUAGAGGGGGACUUGAUAUAGGACUUAACACACCUUUGGAGUGGCUCUGCUUGGCCGGCCACUUCUGAUGCCUUCCCUGUAACACCCCCUUGCAUUAGCAUUGCUUUUGUUCAGCCCCCUGCACAGGGCCUUGGUUCAUGCAGAUAUAUAGAAAAAAGAGCUGCCUUUUUAUAUGAGGAGAUACAUUUCACUUUUUUCUUUUUUUGCAGUUUUUUGGCUGAGGCAUAUUCGGCCAGCACCCUACUCCUUUGAGCCACAGGCGCCACUCACAUUUCACUUUUUUCAUCUGGAUGGUUCUUUUGGUUUUUCUUUUUGUUAUAUUUCUCCUUUUACAAAAGUUGGGACAGAAUAGUGAUCUCUGUAGCCUGCUGAGAGUGGCUGCCUCCAGGCCCCAUCGCAGGUAUCAUGGAGGAUUGCCCUCUGAGUGUUUAGGGGUAAAGGGCCGCUGCCGUGUUCUGUGGCUUUGUACUCUGCCAUCUUGGGAGGGGACACAGCCACCUUUGGAGCAGGCUGUUUCCCUUUUCCCUUUAGGGUGUUGGCAUUCACCCCUGUAUGAACUAUUUGCCCUGCUGUAUUUUCUGUAAUGUUUUAUAGUUGAAAAUUUUAGUUGUCUGGUAGCCCAGAGUUUGUCUCCUUUCUUUCUCUCCCUCCUCUCCUCCAAAUCAGUCUCUUCUUUUUUCCACUAGAUAAUCAUAAAACCUUUUCCUGAGGAAAAUAUAUCUGUUAUCUCUUGGGCAGUGGCAAGUGUUGGCCUCAUUUUUUAUAGCAUUUAUCACUGUUAGUAUCGAGUCCUUUCCUUGCACAAAAAACCAUCAGCCAAACACAGAAGGGAAAGGAUAAGGCCCAGAAAAUUAGUCCAAGUUCUAGGUGACAUGUACAUAUAUAAAUAAAUAAAAAUAACUAAAGCAUUUAUAAUAGCAGUCACUUGGGUGAUGUAGAAUCUGGGUUUGAUUUGACCUUGUGCUUAGGGAGGAGCUGGAGGGAGUGGGGUCUGUGUAUGAUGGCCACUUCCUGGGGCCCUGAGCCCCCUUACUCACCUGUCCCACACCCUGGACAGGGGGCCAUGCCUGUGUGUGUACAGGUCUACAGCCCCAGGCACUGCACCUCCUCUCGGGGGGCCUGGUAGCCCUAUGUUGCCAUGGUCUUGGUGCAAUAAAUCUUGUGCUUUUGUGGGUC